AUGGAAUUUGUUGUUGUUCUUGGUUUAUUUGAUCAUUGUAAGUAUGCUGAAACGACUGUUGUGCACUACGAGCUCGAGUAAAUUCAAGAAACUGAUAAAAAUCAUUCAACAUGUUGGGGUUUUGUGCUAGUGAACGAAGAAGACCUUCUCGUUGUUCUAUAGUGUUGCUAUCAUAGUAAAUUGGUGGUUGAAAACAUUGUUGCUGCUGUGAUUCACCCAUUUCAAAUUCACCAGUGAUGAGAUGAGUGGAUCGAACGAGAUUGUUUACUUCGGCUGAUUGAACUUGACUAGAGGACAUUUAGUGCUCCUCUGCUACUGCAGGGGAACUUACAAGAUAGAUGGGUAUGUAAGAGAACCGUAAGGAAUGCGACUGUUCUCGACGAAGGCAGAUAAAGAAGUGAGGAACAUACUAAUGCAAUAUACAUCUACGUCUUCUUAGAUUCAAUCAACGACAGUAAGAAAAAAAUCAACUUUGAUGAGUUGAUUGAGAUUAAUGAUACACAUGAGUCAUCAUCAACAGUUGCUGAAUAUCCUGAUUCAACAUCAAAUGAUAAUAAUGUGUGUUUGGAAGCUUCUCAUGUAAGUGAAUGAAAUGUUUGAUGUGAAAAAUAAAUAAUCGAUGAUUUUUGAAAACACUAGUAUAUAUUAAUCAUUUAAUGCAUCUUUUUAGAAUGGAGAAACAAAUCACUCUCGUAACGUAUUUGAUUCACAACAAGAUUUUCUUAACUCAUCUGAUAUUAUUCAUCUGACGUUUUCAUCUCCAUUUGAGGGUGUGGGGUCUGGGUGUGGGUGUGGGUGUGUGGAUGUGGGUGUAGGUGUGGGUGGGUGUGGGUGUGUGGAUGUGGGUGUGGGUGGGUGUGGGUGGG